AUGACCCGAGACGUAGAGGAGAUGCGCAAAGACCAGGCUGCUGCCGGCAGACUUACUGGCUACGAUCAAGAGUCUCGCCACGGUUCUGGGUCGGGCAAGUACGUGCGCGAACUGCCGACAGAUACAAGCAGCGACGACAGCGAUUCCGACGGCGCCAGCACAGGACGCCAUGGCAGUAGACGCAAUCCUCUCGACGCCUACUCGGCUCCGCAGCACCUCCUCCACGAGUAUGCAGACGAGGACGAGGACCCACUCAGGGCCCGUGCCGAAUCGAGGCAGAUCGCCGCUCGUCAGAACGAGUACCAGCUUCGCAGAUUCAACCGCGACCUCAACCAAGGCGCUGCCGUCGAUCCGUUUGCGCACGACAACGCCGACGCCGCCCAAGAACACGAAAGCUACAAAGACCGCAUGAGGAGAGCCGAGCUGGAACGCGAGGAGCAGCGCGUACACAAUCUCAUCCAGGCAAAGCAGAGCGAAGAUGCAGGUCCCUCGUCGCGCCGUGCAGCCUCCGACGAGUGGGACAUAAUGCCAGAGUCCGCGACGCAAACGCCCGACGGCGAGCGCACGCCCAAGACGAGGCGCAAGCGAAGGUGGGACGUCGCAACUUCAGAUGACCAACAAGACACCGCUGCAGCCACCAACGGCUCCCAUACGCAGCCGCAGCCGCAGGCGCAGCCAAGCGAGGCGGCCCCACGCAAGCGCCGCUCACGCUGGGACGAAGUUCCUGCCGACGCCGAUGUCGCCAACGACACCGUCCACGCCUCGCUCGUUCAAACAGAGGCGAAGCGCUCCCGUUGGGACCAGGCGCCGCCGGUCAGCGCAGACGCGCUCCCCUCUUCGACCGACUUUGCUGCUCCCGGCAAAGACGCCGCUGCUUCAGCCUCUCAUGUCUCAGCCGAUUGGCGCAAUCGAUACAUGACCGACGAGGAGCUCGACUCCGUCCUGCCGUCCGAAGGCUACACCAUCGUCCAGCCACCGUCCGACUACGUGCCCGUCCGGGUGCCGCCGCACAUGCAACCAGAUCAUCACGGCGCCGAAACUGCCGGUGGCUUCGUCAUGCAGGACGAAGGCGCAACACGCGCCGUCCUCGAGCAGAUGAUUCCGGAUCUGCCCACCGACAUCCUUGGCGUCGGGCAGCUAGCCUUUUUCAAGACGGAAGAUCAGGCCUUCUUCAAAAAGAUCCUCACCCACGAGGACGAAGCCAAUCUCAGCAGCGAGGAGCAAAAGGAGCGUAAGAUCAUGCGCCUCUUGCUCAAGAUCAAAAACGGAACCCCUGCCACGCGAAAGACUGCGCUGCGUCAGAUCGCCGACCGUGCCCGCGAUUUCGGACCUGGCCCGCUCUUCGACAAGAUCUUGCCAUUGCUCAUGGAACGGACACUGGAGGAUCAGGAACGCCACCUGCUCGUCAAGGUCAUCGAUCGCAUCCUCUACAAGCUCGACGAUUUGGUCCGUCCUUACGUCGGCCGCAUCCUCGUCGUCAUCGAGCCCCUUCUCAUCGACGAGGACUACUACGCACGCGUCGAAGGCCGCGAGAUCAUCAGCAACCUUUCCAAAGCCGCCGGUUUGGCCCACAUGAUCAGCACCAUGCGCCCAGACAUCGACCACGUCGACGAGUACGUCCGCAACACCACCGCACGCGCCUUUUCCGUCGUCGCUUCGGCUCUCGGCAUCCCGGCCCUGCUGCCCUUCCUCAAGGCAGUGUGCCGCUCCAAGAAAAGCUGGCAGGCGCGCCACACGGGCAUCCGCAUCGUCCAGCAGAUCGCCAUCAUGAUGGGUUGCGCCAUCCUCCCGCAUUUGAAAAGUCUCGUCGACUGCGUAGAGAAGGGGCUCGAAGACGAGCAGCAAAAGGUCAAGACCAUGACGGCGCUGUCCCUGGCAGCGCUCGCCGAGGCAGCGGCCCCCUAUGGCAUCGAGAGCUUCGAAAACGUGCUCAAGCCGCUCUGGAUCGGUACGCGACAGCACAGAGGGAAGGGUCUCGCCGCUUUCCUCAAGGCGAUCGGCUUCAUCAUUCCGCUCAUGGAUUCCGAGAGUACGCUAUACUUUGUCAAAGAGGUGACGCCGACCUUGAUACGAGAGUUCCAGAGCGCCGACGAAGAGAUGAAGAAGAUCGUCCUCAAGGUCGUCAAGCAGUGCUCCGCCACCGAGGGAGUCACGGGCGCGUUUCUGCGCGACGAGAUGCUUCCCGAAUACUUAAAGAACUUCUGGGUGCGCAGAAUGGCGCUGGACCGUCGUAACUACAGGCAAGUCGUCGAGACUACGGUGGAGUUGGCCAACAAGGUCGGCGUUACCGAGGUUGUGUCGCGGAUCGUCGACGAGCUCAAGGACGAAAGCGAGCCUUUCCGCAAGAUGGUGAUGGAGACCAUCGAGAAGGUCGUCGCCAACCUGGGCGCGGCCGACAUCGACGAGCGCCUCGAGGUGCAACUCGUCGACGGUCUCAUCUACGCCUUCCAGGAGCAGACGGUCGAAGACAACAUCAUGCUCGAUGGCGUCGGCACGGUGGUCAACGCGUUGGGCCUGCGUGUCAAGCCCUACCUCACGCAGAUUGUCUCGACCAUUCUGUGGCGUCUGAACAACAAGAGCGCAAAGACGCGUCAGCAAGCCGCUGACCUGACCACCAAGCUGGCGUUGGUCAUCAAGCAAUGCGGAGAAGACGCUCUGCUGGCCAAACUUGGUGUGGUCCUGUUCGAGCAGCUGGGAGAGGAGUUCCCCGAGGCUCUGGCAUCGAUCAUCAGCGCCGAGACGGCCAUCGCCAACGUGGUCGGCAUGGCGCAAAUGAGCCCGCCCAUCAAGGAUUUGCUCCCGCGUAUGACGCCCAUCCUGCGCAAUCGUCACGAGAAGGUGCAGGAAGCGAGCAUCAACCUCAUCGGCAGGAUCGCCGAUAAAGGCGCCGAGUUCGUCAGUCCGCGCGAGUGGAUACGCAUCUGCUUUGAGCUGCUGGAUCUGCUCAAGGCGCACAAGAAGGCCAUCCGCCGAGCUGCGGUGAACAGCUUUGGCUACAUUGCGCGUGCCAUCGGACCGUCGGACGUGCUGCAGGUGCUUCUGACCAAUCUGCGCGUGCAGGAGCGACAGUCGCGUGUUUGCUCGACGGUGGCGAUUGCCAUCGUGGCCGAGACGUGCGGGCCCUUCACCACCAUCCCGGCCAUCCUCAACGAGUAUCGGACACCGGAGCUCAACGUGCGCAACGGCUGUCUCAAGGCGCUGAGCUGGGUGUUUGAAUACAUCGGCGAGAUGAGCAAAGACUACGUCUACUCUGUCAUUAGCUGCUUGGACGACGCGCUCACCGACCGAGACCACGUGCAUCGACAGACGGCGGCAAGCAUUGUUCAUCAUCUGGCUCUCGGCACGUUUGGACUGGGUCACGAGGAGAGCAUGCAACAUCUGCUCAAUCUGGUGUGGCCCAACAUCUUUGAGACCAGCCCGCACGUGCUGGGAUCUGUCAUGUCGGCCAUCGAGAGCCUGGAGGUGGCGCUCGGUCCGGGCGUGCUCCUCAAUCACACCUUGCAAGGCCUCUUCCAUCCGGCGCGCAAGGUUCGAGAGGUGUAUGUUCGCAUCUACAACUCGACCUAUCUGCGUUCGCAAGAUGCCAUGGUCGCAUUCUACCCCGACUUCUCCGAAUUUUCGGACGAGCGCAACGACUUCCGAAGGCACGAGCUGCUCGCAUUCCUGUAG